UCGGAGGUACAGCAGCACCGAGAUGGAAGACAGAACUCAUUCCGGUGCUACGUGGCCAGUGCGUUCCUGGAGACGAGAGGAUGGUCAGUGCCAACAACAUGCCCAAGCAGGUGGAAGUGCGGAUGCACGACAACCACCUCAGCUCGGAGGAGACGAAGCCCCGGCAUCUGGGGCUGCGCUUGUGUGACAAGCUGGGGAAGAAUCUCCUGCUCACGCUGACCGUGUUCGGUGUCAUCCUGGGGGCAGUAUGUGGAGGGCUUCUUCGCUUGGUGUCUCCUAUCCACCCUGAUGUGGUUAUGCUAAUAGCCUUCCCAGGGGAUAUACUCAUGAGGAUGCUAAAAAUGCUCAUUCUGCCUCUAAUCAUCUCCAGUUUAAUCACAGGGUUGUCAGGCCUGGAUGCUAAAGCCAGUGGCCGCUUAGGCACGAGAGCUAUGGUAUAUUACAUGUCCACGACCAUCAUCGCUGCGGUGCUGGGGGUCAUCCUGGUCUUGGCUAUCCACCCGGGGAACCCCAAACUCAAGAAGCAGCUGGGGCCUGGGCAGAAGAACGAUGAAGUGUCCAGCCUGGAUGCCUUUCUGGACCUUAUUCGAAAUCUCUUCCCUGAAAACCUUGUCCAAGCCUGUUUUCAGCAGAUUCAAACAGUGACAAAGAAAGUCCUGGUGGCCCCUCCAUCAGACGAGGAGAGCAAUGCCACCAGUGCUGUCCUCUCGCUGUUGAAUGAGACUGUGACUGAGCCGCCUGAGGAGACGCAGGUGGUUAUCAAGAAGGGCCUGGAGUUCAAGGACGGCAUGAAUGUCUUAGGUCUGAUAGGGUUUUUCAUUGCUUUCGGCAUUGCCAUGGGGAAGAUGGGCGAGCAGGCCAAGCUGAUGGUGGAAUUCUUCAACAUUUUGAAUGAGAUUGUAAUGAAGCUAGUGAUCAUGAUCAUGUGGUACUCUCCCCUAGGUAUCGCCUGCCUAAUUUGUGGGAAGAUCAUUGCAAUCAAGGACUUAGAAGUGGUUGCUAGACAACUGGGGAUGUACAUGAUCACGGUGAUUGUCGGCCUCAUCAUCCAUGGGGGCAUCUUUCUCCCCUUGAUUUACUUUCUAGUGACCAGGAAAAACCCUUUCUCCUUUUUUGCUGGAAUUUUCCAAGCUUGGAUCACUGCCCUGGGUACCGCUUCCAGUGCCGGAACUUUGCCCGUCACCUUCCGUUGCCUGGAAGAAAAUCUGGGGAUUGAUAAGCGUGUAACCAGAUUUGUCCUACCAGUUGGAGCAACCAUUAACAUGGACGGUACAGCCCUUUAUGAAGCCGUGGCCGCCAUCUUUAUAGCCCAGAUGAAUGGCGUCAUCCUAGAUGGAGGCCAGAUUGUGACCGUAAGCCUCACGGCCACGCUGGCCAGCGUUGGUGCAGCCAGUAUCCCCAGUGCUGGGCUCGUCACCAUGCUCCUCAUUCUGACGGCUGUGGGCUUGCCGACCGAGGACAUCAGCCUGCUGGUGGCUGUGGAUUGGCUGCUGGACAGGAUGAGAACAUCCGUCAAUGUUGUGGGAGACUCUUUUGGGGCUGGGAUUGUCUAUCACCUCUCCAAGUCUGAGCUGGACACCAUUGACUCCCAGCACCGAGUGCAUGAAGAUAUUGAAAUGACCAAGACUCAGUCCAUUUAUGAUGACAUGAAGAACCACAGGGAAAACAACUCCAACCAAUGUGUCUAUACUGCACACAACUCUGUCAUAGUAGAUGAGUGCAAGGUAACUCUGGCAGCCAACGGAAAGUCAGCCGACUGCAGUGUUGACGAAGAACCUUGGAAACGUGAAAAAUAAGGAUAUGACUGUCAGCAAAUUCUUGAAUAAACUCCCCAGCGUAUCUUAUGGUAAAAGAGGAUAUAAACAAGCUUCCUUUGAAAAGAAAAAAAAUACAUAUAUUUCUAUGUUUACUUAAUCUGUUAGCUGAGGCUUAGAGGAUCUGUUGUGAGUCAGUGAUAGGCACGGUGCUGUGUCUUUGCCAAAUAAUGCUUGGUAACCAUCUAAUUUUCUCACUUGUAUUAUUGUUUGAAUGGAUGCCGCUGCAGGAAUCAGUUUGAAUUGAAGACGCAUUCUUGCCAGCUUCCCUUUUCUCUCAAGAUGCAGAACCGUGGAUGCUCUUUUCCCAGGGGACACGACUAAAGCCGUGUGGCACAUUCCAGGGAUUUGGAAUAAUGGGCAGACAGUCAGUGUGUUACUCUUUCCAGUGUUCUCCAUGCCUCACCUUGUAACACACAAGAGAUUCUGUUAGAAGCCUUUAGAAGUAAAUUCCCUUAAAUGUCUUGUAGCGUAUGUCCUUGUGUUGAUUAAAACAAAGUACCCAUCUUAAGGUACAAUUUCUCUUCUGUAUACGCUUUAAGUUACAUGGCUAAAUGUUUCAAAGAGAGUCAUGGUGGGAGCCAUAUCUUAAAGCUAGCUGGUUAUGGAACCCACUGAGUCUCUGCUCUACCCCAUCUAGUUUAUGGAGAUAAUUGUUGAAUUUCAAAGUAGGUUUCAUAAUUUGCUCUAAAUUUGAUAAGGGAUUAGGAUGUAAUUUACAUGUAAUGUCUGUGUAUAUUGACAAAAGUAAGAGAGCACAGUCAACAUAAAUUUUAACCAGAUUCAAAGAUUCAAAUUUGUUUUGUGUUUGGUUUGCAUCACCUGGCAUAGUGAAAUCAAGUGAGAUUAUUCGAUCUAUGCUUCAGUGUCUUUGUUUCGUUCAUACAAUUCUUAUUUGGGUCUCUACCAAAAAAAGACAUUCUUAAUCCCCAAAUUAUUUCAAUCAUAUUCUCAUCAAACUAGAAGGCUUAAUCAUUUUACUCUCCUCACAGAUGGAGGAUAGUUGGGUUGGCUGUGCCUCUUUUAAUACUAAUCUCGUGAUAAAAACAAAACCAAAACACUGUUUGUUAGUUAUCUAAUAUGUGGAAAGCUUUUUGUUAUAUUAUAUCAAAGCACCUAAAACCAGUUCAGGACACAGUUGGAAGCAGAGCCCAUCUUUUCCCCCAGUCUUCUCUGUGGAAAGGAACAGAAAACAAACAUAGGUGCAAAAUCCUAUAAAGGUGACAUUCUUAUGGCAAAGUCAAGGCAGCCUUGAACCAUGAAGUAGGAACAAAGGAUGGCUUUACAGAACUUCACAGAUGGAAUCUUCUCAAGGCUGUGGAAGUUUGAGGGAAUACAUAAUAUAAUUGGAACAGCCCAGUCGGUGCCUUGCAUGCUGUAGGCACCUCCAAGCUACAUUUUUCAAUGUCUGUACUAUCAUUUUCUGUUGAAUAACCCACAGUAUUUUCCUACGGUUGCUGGCUUUAGGAGUUUUCUGAGGACUUGAGCAUGAAUCAUUGAGAAAUAAAGCACAUUUGACGUGUGUAGAACCUUGGUCCAAUGUGAGAGUAAGGUGUUUAUCUGCGGUCAGCAGAUGGGUGCUGAGAUAUUCAUGAAGAGUCAUAGAGUCCAGAAUUUCUUAGGAGAGGGUGUUUAUGGACAUACAUGCCCUUUAUUACCCCCUCCUUGUGACUUUUCUCUUCCAAAUCAGAUACCUUUGGAACACACAAGAGACAUGAGAUUCUAGUAGUUUUGUCUCUUAAGCCCUAGUUGUUUUUGUUUUGUAUAAGAAUCAGUGUUGAGCAGUAUUAAGUAGUUUUUGCUUUUUUUUUUUUUAAAUACAUUUGUCUUUAGUUUCAUUAGAUGGACAGUUAAGAGGGUGGCCAAGGGCAUGCUGAAAUGUAGUAGUGGAAAAUGCAUCCUUUACAGCAGAUGUUGUGGGUCAAAGGGACAGUUCCCGGAUUUAACUGUGAAACUGUUAAGGAUCAUCGUUAAGUGGUGCUCCCAAGAGCUUUUUUAUGGUGAGGAGAAGGAUUUAGGCAAGGCAUCUAGGAGCUUGUGGUUCUGCUGUUUAACGCCAGGUUAGCACUUUUACACGCUGACAUGUUACUCAAAGGAGUGGUCUCAGGAUCGUCUUCCGAAGACUCUGCCUAAAAGUCUUCCCUGUUUGCUUGUCUUCAGCUUUUUCCUAGUUAUCAAGUUAACCUACAAAUAUACAAGGCGACAGCGUGUUCAGAAGAAACUAGGUGCACAGCUUAACAAAGCAGGUUUUUCAGGUUUGAAACUAUGCAGUAAGUUUCAUGAGAAUAUACUUAGGAAAUCAGUUCAUCUGGAAGUUCAACAAAUCAGUAAAAAUAAACAAUGUCUCAAAUUCAGAACUAGCCUGAAAACCCAGGAUGUAUGUAGAGCUGACGUGUGACUGUGUCCUCUGGUUUUUUUAGGCCUCAUUCAUUCUUCUCAUGCCAUGCCCAUUGGGGUUUUCCUUGCCCAGCAUAUGUGCCAUAAACAGAACAAAUAGAUUCAGAAUAUACCUCUAACAACCUUUUUCUAAACAGGAUAUUAUAACCUGUCAGUUAUAUGCAUAGAUUUAUUUUAAUAGGUCCAACACAAAUAUGAAUGCUUGUAACAGUCCAUUAAUGUUUGACCAUGCAUAAGUGUUAUACUUGUAUACAGACAUGGCAGGCCAGAUACAGACACUGCAUCCCUUAAGUUCUGUUAAGUCAGGGCUUUGGCAACACCGUUUUUUAUGAACUCAUUCACUAUUUUUAGGAAAUCAGAAUUGUUUCAGGAGAAAACCAACAAGGUAGACUUUUAUUCUCUCCUUUCUUAUUUAUGUCCUUUUGGGAAACCCAAGUGGAGUCAUCAUUUGAUUACCUACUACAAUUCAAUGAAUCAAGUCCUAUCAGUGAAAAGAAUCGCUCUCAAGGCAAAGCUUUACCUUAGAUCUUUGAGGAUAUGCCUCCCAUGCAAAGAGCAUCAGACAAUCAAGGCAAUCAUCUAAAUCACGCAGAUCUUCAAUAUAAAACUUCAGAUGAUGAGUUUUGAGCCAGGUAGCUGUCAGGUUUGAUUCUUCACUUCCUAUUGAGUGUGGAAACACAACCUAUAGCCUCAUUGCCGGCAGAAGUGGCCAUGUUCCAUAAAAUAUAAAUAUUUACUUCUCUUUACUCAUCAGCUUUGGAUGUUCAGGAAAGUCUAAAGAAAGGUUGCCAAAAUGCCUAGCUUUUUGGAUUUGAACUAAUGGAAGCUGAGAAAGGCUUAGGGUAAAUUCAGAUUAUGGGGAGAUGUACUCCUGGUAGGUAAGGUCAGCAAUCCCAACGACUGGUUGAAUAGAGGGUCUCAGAUCAUUUCCACUCGUGCACAGAGAAAUAUGUCAUUUGCAAGUUUAUAUCUAGUCAAGAAGCCCCUUUGGAGUUGGGUAACUCACCUACUGGAUCCCCAAAAGGAAACCCAAUCCUGCCAUGCUUUUGCAAAUACCACACUUCCCUUUGUUCCCAAUAGCAAAAGUUAUGGUACAAUAUUUCACUUUUGUCUGAAUCAAGGGUUCUGUCUGUGCUAUAUUUUCCAUGCAAAGGUCAGAGAAUUAAGGCAAUCAUGUAGAUAAUACAGAUCUUCAUGAUCUGAACCAAGUAGCUAUUAGAAAUAUGGCAAUGAAUCCAAAUAGGUACCCACAUGCUCAGAGAGAAUGCUCCAUAGUUCAGACUCUUGAUAAACAAGCCCCAGCAGCUCUUGCCUGGUGUGAUGACUAAAUGCUCAGCAGUUACACCCAAUGGAGGUGGCUCUUCCCACUUCGCUGCUCUUCAGUGCUUGGGGCCAUACAAUUGUGUGGGUUGCUGGUUUGGCUUUGCUUAUUCUCCAAAUAAAUUCAUUCCAAGCCAAGAAAAAGGAACAAAUGGGAUUUUUCAAUUAUUGUAAUACUUGCUCUUUAAAUAAGAUAUGACAGUCUAGGAGCCUAAAAAGAUUAAGUUUAAAAACAAAAGGCUUGAAGGAAUUCUGAAGUGAGAGUUUUGUAAAUCUAGUUGUCAGAGAAGAUAAAUGGUCUCAGUAUCUGAUAAUUUCUGGCUAAAACUGAGAAGGACCACUGAGUGCCAACCCAGGGACGUUGCAUUGUAGGCAGAUUGGUCUCCUUGGAUGGAGUGAGUUCAAAGCUGUUCAGGCAUCAGUUGCUUAUGAUUUUUCUGAAAAGAAAACCCAAUUUCCACUCUUCCUUUUCCUCCCUUCUUAUUCCAAUGAUCAUUAUUGCUGCUUAAGAGACAGUUUAAUAAAUGACCAUCCAACUUAGCGCAAGGGUUGGUUUUACAAUAGAUGACAGCGAAUCUUAACUGAGUAGUGUCUUAUUUCACCGCACAGCACAGCUAAUUCAGGGAAUGACAUAGAGGUGAGGAGAAAUAAUGCAGUUGGGUGGAGAAACUUUUGACUUAGACUCUGCCCAUUUUUAUUCAUAUAACUUACACAAGUCACUUUACACACAAGCUCCACUGAAGAAAAAAAAAGUGAAGUGCUGGAUUAAAUGAUUAAAACCCCCAUCCAGCCCUAUGAAACCACCAUAUAAUGAUCUCUACUUUAAUUUCUUCUUUCAUAAGAGGCUUACUACUAUAACACAUUAGCUAUUUAUAUUGCAAGUCAGAGGGGCCCACAACAAUGAAUAAUCAAUUUGGAUUUUUCUCAUCCCCUUUGGGGGAAAUUAAAUUCAAGCCUCUCUCUUCGUCUGAAGUUUUACAACAAGCUUGGAAGAUGGCCAUGUUCAUCCACAGUUUGGUAUUUGGGGAUACAAACAAACUUCCUUUUAUAAAACUGUCCUUUGCCUAAAGCACUGUCCUAAUAGAAGUAGCAAUUCAGCUCAGGGAAAAAUGCUGCCAGAGUCAUCAUGAGGGGCCAGGAUGAACCUAUGGCCUGCCUCAAGGUCUUGCAUCAUUCCUCUUGCGGCAACAGGGCCCACUCCGAAUACCCUAAACACACAGUUUCCUCCAAACAGUCCUAAUUGCCAACCCAGUAUGGGAAUUUGGGAGCAUCUGGCAAAUCAACUUGAACACUCUUAUGAAACUGGUGCAAGACUUACACAAAAACAGCGACUGUCUGUAAAUAUUCCCUUUCCACUGGUACGCAGACACGCACAUCCACGCACAGGGUGGGCCCGGGCCAACUCCUUUCUCUGGAGAGGUAUGCAGGGAUAUUUGGUUGAGUUCAUUUUCAAAUUUUCCUCUUGGUUUGCUAUUACUGUGGGCACCACAUCACAGGUGGAGAAGGUCUAUCUUACAAGAAUAGACUUGUAUUGGUGAUCAUUGCCUUCCUCAAUGCCCAGAGUUUCUAGGCUGGAUAAAAUGCAUGGUCUGUCUGCAAGGUGCAUGUGACUGGCCAUGGCCUUUGAACAAUCUCUUGCACGUUCUGGUACUGCUGCAAUGGGCCACUGUUUGCAUCCUUGCUCUUUGUCCAAACUUCUGCUAAAUACGCAAUACGUUUGGUAUUAUUGUGUUGUGAGCACCUUUAUUGCCAGAGAAGACUUCAGCUCUGUAGAUGCGGGGCAGAGGGAUGUAAAGCUAGUACUAAAAGGAUCGAGUUAGUGUUUGUUUGUUUGUUUGUUUAAAUUUUUAGUGCAGAAGACCUGACACUAGAGCAUCAAGAAAAAGAUAUUUCUUAACGGAUCCAUAUAAGAACGUAUGGAAAAGGAAGAGGAGCCCUCAAGUUCUUAUUUCAUUCACUCUAAAUAAUAUCCUGAGUAAUUACUGAUCAGCUUUUUUUUUUUUUCCAUGUCCAGCUUUGCCUCACCUUCUUACUUCUGGUGCAAAUAUCCAUUUUGAUAUUUUUUGAAGUCCUUCUGAUUAUUAUACAGGGCCCUUUUGUGCUGAGGAUAAAACCUGCUACUGGAACAGAUCCCUGUACCUUGCAGAGUCAGCAGUUGACCUAGAGCCUGGGUAGCAACAGGUCUCCAGUUCCUCCGGAGACACCUCCCAUCCCUGGGUGAGUGUUGGAACGUAACAGCUGACUGUGACCCUUGUCAUCGUUCCCCGUGGGGAUGGGGAUGAUGCAGCAGGAGAUUCGCUCCUUCUGGGGCUCCGUUUCUUCUCAAGGCAACCAUUUAGCUGCCUAGAAACAGCCUGUUGCCUUCGGUAGGAAAGAGAUGCACACACUAGCCAAGGAAGUUAGUCUAGCAUAUCUCUGAGUUUUCGCCUCCAUGGAGCAAAUUCUCUGAAGUGUAUGAUCAGAACGCUGGCACUGUGGUUGCUCACUUCUCCAGGAGAGUUAUUCUCCUUACUAGGAACUCAUCCUUUGGCAUCCAGAUCUUUCCAUAAACGACCUUCACUCCUUCCCUUCCUCCUUCCCCUGGGAAACCUCAGCAUUGCAUUUCCAUGUUGCACAAGACAGAUCAGGUUAUCUGGUCACUACAGAGAUUUGUAUAUAAAAAACUACUUUUGUGAGGAUUUUUGUAUAUUGUUUUUCUAUUUGUUUUCUACGGCUUGAGGAGAGAGCUGACAAACUGUGAAUCUAAUUUGGUCUUGCUGCCCGCGGAUAUAUUUCGGCUUCCUGGUAAAAAUCUAUGUUACCAGGGACAAUAUAUUGCCCUCUGAUCAGUAUUGCAUCCCCCCCCCAAAAUUCCUCCAGUCCAACCUUACAUUCUUUUUUAAACAAAUCCGUGGGCUUCUUUGCUAUUAUUUAUAAAGAGCAUGAGAAAACAUAUUUAGAGUCCUGGAUAUUAUAUGGUUAAUAUUGAUUUAGCCUUUCAUGAUGUUAUAGGUUUGUAUCUAUUCUUCAUAAACCAUAAAGAACUCAGUGUAGACUGAAUUGAUCUAUUUAGUAUCUGUAAUUUUGCAGACAGAUAUCUUCUUAUGGUAUUUUCUAUAUAACCACAUAUGUAGAAUUACAACUAACUAGAGCACAAGACGUUUCUACAGCAAUUUAGAGCUGUCAGUUGUUUCCUGAGCAUACAGCCACAUUUGAAAAAUUUAAGAACCCAGUCCUUUGCGAUGCAAUGAACAAAAUGACCAUUAAGAACAAGGAGUCACUUCAAUCCCUUAGCUGGUUAGGGUAUGCAUUUAAACAAUUAGUCUUUUUAACUCAUGGAAUGGUGCUGACUCCUUAUUAUUAUUAUUUUUAAUUAAUUAAUUAAUUAAUUUUUGGCUGCAUUGGGUCUUCAU